GUCAAGCCGGUCCGUCGUCAUCACAUGCCAAAAUGGACAAGACAUGAAAUCAUAAGUUAAAUGCGUAUAUUAAGUCAGAUGCCUGACUUCGCGCAUUUGUGUACCUUAGAAGGAAGCCCUUUGUCAUUAGAAGACAGAGUUUAAAUUCAACCAGGAUCUUGUACUUUUGUGAGUGAGCCUUUUGAAAUGGAAGAUAACAUCGGUUCUAACGAUGGAAGCAUCAAGGAGCAAGACAGGUUGCUCCCAAUAGCCAACGUGGGGCGGAUCAUGAAGCAAAUCCUCCCUCCCAAUGCGAAAAUCUCGAAGGAAGCGAAAGAAACGAUGCAAGAAUGUGUCUCAGAGUUCAUCGGCUUCGUGACUGGCGAAGCGUCCGAGAAGUGCCGGAAGGAGAGGAGGAAGACCGUGAACGGUGAUGAUAUUUGCUGGGCUAUGGAGACUCUGGGUUUCGACAAUUAUGCCGGUCCAUUAAGGAGGUAUUUGCAUAGAUAUAGGGACUUAGAAGGAGAUAAAGCUAAUCAAGACAGGCAGUGAACAACAGUAGCAAAUCAAACGGUGUUGACCAAUCUGUGUCAUGUAGAAUACUCAACAAUUUAGAAAUAAUUUGGCUUCGACCUUCACCUUGGCAAACUUUUAAACUGAUGAAAGGAGAGAUUAAUCUCAAAGCUAUGUUGAGGAUACCAAGUUUCUGGCUUUAAUCAUGAUGGUACUCAUGGAGGUAAUUUUACAUCUCUGGGCUUUUUAUUUGCAGACGCUUUAGCGUUGUUUUUGUUUUCCAGAUCUGUCUGCAUAGCCUUCAGACAAGAGUUAGCUCGCAGUCUGAAAUCAGAGUUCUAAGUGGAACUCUUGAUCUUCUAAUUUCAGUUUGAGGAAAGCACAGGGAAAUGAGAGGAUUCACUGGUUCAACUUUCAUGUUUCACUCUGAUCUGAU